AGAAGAAUGUUGAUAUUUGGCAGUUUUGGUUAUGUACUUAUUUUUUUUGUAUUUAGUGUUUUAUAGAUUUUUAGUAUAUUAUCUAUUAUCAUUAUGUCCCAGGAGUUAAAUCCCCGGGAAGUGUUAAGUUAUUUAAAUGAACUAGGAUAUGUUAACAUAACUGCUCAACAAUUGAAAGAAUUUAUAAAAGAUCUUAAGAAACUCAUAAAAUAUGAAUCCAGGUGUGAAGGCAGCCCGUUAUUUGCUCGAAACUUCUCUAGCGAUUUUCAGAAUAACCAAGAUACAGCAGAAUAUAAUAAGAAGACUCCAGAGUAUGAUAUAUUUCACGCUCUUCACGACCACAAUACAAUAGCAUCCAAGGCUAGAACAGAAAGUCGAAAGGGAAAGCAAAUAUCAGUUCACAUAGGACAAGCAAGAAGUUCGAAAAAGUUACAUGAUCAUUGUGUACAUGUUAACACAAUUGAAAAUGAGUUUGUCAGUGAACCAGUUUACAAGGAAUCAGUUGACAGUGAGCCAGUACUUAACAAAAAUGAAGAUACCAAUACAGAUUUGCCUAAAAACGAGGUUAAAACUGAAGUUUCCAGCAUGCAAAUCACUAAUCCUACUUCAAAAGAAACUAUUAGUUCUGCCCCUAUUAAACCCAAGAAAUCCGGAAAAUCAGUUAUCCGAGUAGGUUCAGCUAAGUCCAUAAACAGAUGUGAUCCAGUGGCUUUAUAUCAUCAAUACAAAGAAGAAUGGAAAAAAAUCAAGUUUCCAGGACAAGAUCAUCAUUCUGAUUUGAGAUGGGCAGUAAGGGAGAAACUUUUAUCUGUCCCCCCUGUACAAGUACCUUUAAGAAGAACUAGCAGUAAGAGAAAAAUGUGACUAGAUUGUAUUAUACCAUUUUUUGGACAAAGUAAAACUAUAUUCAGAAAUUUCAGCCUUGUUCAAUGUUGUAGUUUAAUAACAUCAAUAGUGAAAGAAGUGAAUAAAAAAUUGAGAA